AUGUUCCGCCAGAUGAUCUUUCGUGACCUUCCCGAGCUGCAACCGUCAGAGUAUCAGCUGUUGGCUUCAGGUUCCAGGGAAGAACACUGGGUUCAGUCUUCUUCCUCUGGCGAAUCCUUCUUCGUGCAAUGGUACUCUUAUGUCUCCCCGCCGCAGCUAGGAAAGAAGAGAGAGCCGGUGUUCAUGGUGUAUAGAGAGGAAGAGACGACGGAGAAUAGCUACAUGUGCUACACUGAGGACAUUGGCGAUCUCUGCAUUUUCCUUUCGGAGAGCCAUCCUUUCUGCGUCGAGGCCAGCUCCUGCCCUGGUCUGGAGCCCAACUCCAUCUACCUCAUCUCUCAUGAAGACUUCGCCGUCUACAGUCUCGCCACAAAAACCUGCCGGGGACUGAAACCACCCAAGAUUGGACCCGCAGGUGGAGAGAUACAGACUCCUUUCCUUCCUUACUGGAUCCCUCCAUUGUCUGUCUAA